AACAUUGUUAUGAUAAUAUGUUAAAUGGUGACUUCUGUUUUCAGUACAAUGUUGCGUUAAAUUAUGAUUCAUGUGUAAAUGGAAGGUUUAUAUUAAUAAGCAGUUUGCUUUAAAAAAUGACCUACUUUAAAUCUCGUUAGGACCGUAUUUGAAUUACGUAGUUUUCAGGAUAUGUUGCCGUUGUCGGGCUAUUUUAAAGCUAUUCCCUGUCCUUUCUUUAACAGUGGAUUGUGUGAAAGACCGCAUUGUCAUUUCAAACAUGUCAAACGAGACGUGCUUCCCAGAAAAGAAUUGCACAGUUAUUCGACAGAAGAAACUACUUCUGACAAUAUUCCAUUAUCGUAUAAAACUAAAGAAAAAGAAGAUGCAUUGCACAAGGUUAAUGAAGCCAUUCGACAAGUGUUGGAAGAGAUGGAGAGAGACAAGGCACAGAUGCAGGCAGGCACUAUUGCAGUGGGAUGUGCUGAAUAUGCCAAUAAUGUUUCAUAUAUCCCAACUCCAGUUACUAAGUGUUCAACUAAAUCCCGUUACUCAGAAAAGAAAACCGUGUCAAAACCACACUUGCCUGUUUAUGAUAUGCCUGUUUAUAAGCCUACUCCUCUUGAUCGUUUAGGUCAAAGUAAAAAACAUAAGAAGAUUGAAUACGAUCCAUGUGUUGCUAGUAUUAAAUGUGAGAAAAGGGAAAAAAUUGUAAAAAGAUCAACUACAAAAUAUUCUCUCGUGGAUUUAUCUCAGGGAAGCUCUUCCUCGGAGGAAGGUUAUGUGCCAAAACGGAUAAAGCUUGGCAGUAUAGAAAAAACUGGGGAGGAUAUAGAAGCUGAUAGGACUUGUGAAAGACACUCUCCAAAAUUCAGCGACGAUGAUGAAACUAAUGGCGUAAUGCACAUGUUUCCAUCUGAGUGGAGUGAAACUGGGGGCAUAGAGAUUAAAAAGUAUACAAAUGUAAAUGAAUAUGAAAAAGAAAGUGAUUAUGAUUUUGUGAAUAAGAUACUUAAGGAAAGCAAAGAGCAUGACAUUAGUAGAGAAAAGCCAGUAAAUGUUGACAGUAAACGUAAGACAUCACAAAAUGGAAAGAACAUCAAGGAUGAAACAAAAGAUAAGGCAAGCACAAGAAAAUUGAAAAUUGACCAGAAAUCAAGUAAAACUUUUAAGGCUUCUAAAAAAGAACUGACUGGAAAGAAUGAUGCUGGAAAAUCCAUAAAACCAGAUUCGUCAUCGAAAGUGAAAGCUGAUUCAGAUAAAGUUUUGAAAUCACCUAAGGAUACCUCUGUGAAACUUCAAUUGAAUAUGAAAGGAACAAAGCAAAAAGAAAAUACUCAAGAAGUUCCUAAAAAGCUACAAGACUGCACAGAUAAAAACAUAAAAGAAAGUAAAACAAAACAUGAGAAUUCUUCCAUUCAUGAUAAAGAUAAAACGUGUUCUAAAGCAACAAGUAUUAAAAAAUGUGUUAAAAGUAAAAUUAGAAUAAGCAAGGAAGCACACAUUUCAACAAAACAGAAGAAGAAGUGUUUACCUUUUCUUGAGAAAGAACAAGACAGUGCAGUUAGCAGUAGUUGUAGACCCCACUCACCAGUUGUCAUCAGCAAAUCAACUUCAAAUGAUUACAACUCAUCUGAUAGCCAAAGUGUGACUUCUACUUCUAAAAAUCAGGCUCAGCUUAGUGUUCAGACUCAACCUAGUGUUCAGGCUCAACUUAGUGUUGGUAAUGCAGAGAACUCAAGCUUGAGUGAAGAAGAAGACUUGUUUGAUUCUAGUGCCUUGGACACAGAUCUUGAUGAACAUGAUACUUAUGAGGAAUGCUGGAGAAUAUUCAAUGAAGCUCAAACUUCGACAUCUCAAGACCAAAAUCCCAGCAUGAACAAAGUUCGCAGAAUGCAAGAAGCAGUAAAGACAGAAGCUGAUGUAGUCGUACUGGGUAAAAAGAGAGUUGCACAUCAACCAACCUUGUCACGGCCACAAGCUCAGGUUAAAGCAGUGCGAAAACUGUCAGCAGCCGAAGUUAUGCUUAAUCGUCAGUUACAGGUUCAGCAACAGUAUAAUGAAACCAGCUCAAACAAGGUCCAUAGUGCCUUCUUAAACUGUGUUAAUCAAUCUUUGGAUGGGAGCAAGAAGAGGAUUGCUCAUGUACCAAAUGCUGUAAAGUUGGCUGAAGCAGCAAUGGAGAAGAAGGCAACAUUCAACCACCUUCUCUCAGUGACACCUAAGAAAACGUCAGCAACGUGUGCCACAACUGCACCAAAAGGAGGAAGACGAGUUGCUCAUGUCCCCUCAACGACAAUUCUGAAACGACCUGUUAUACCUUGUGAAUAUGGAAGUAAAGUUCCAACCAAUAUCAGACAGAGAUAUUUGAAUGUUUUUAUUGAUGAAUGCUUGAAGAUGUACGUCAAUGAAGAGCAAGCAUUUAAACGUGCUCUUGAAGAAGAAAAGAAUACGUAUAAUCGUAGCUCUAACAAAACAUUAUACCUCAACUUGGCUGUUAACACUUUGAAACGAUUACGAGAUGAAGCCGAAACUACACUGCAUGAAUCACCUGGAGCUGACUCUACUGUAGAUGAUGAUAUCCCCACUACCUCUAAAACCAACUCUUCAUCAUCACUUGGGACUCAGAAACCCCAGAACAAAGUUAUCUCCCAUGAAUACGUCUUGGGAGGACCAAAGGCUGCAAAAACUAGUUUUAGCAUUGAACGACGGAAGAGUAAACCAGAAAAGGAAGAAGUUAAAGGACUUCAACUUUACAAGCUGUUAGUACCGUACAUCCUGACACUUGAACAACUAGAAGAACAUGGGUUUCCAAAGCUACAUCCCUCCGAACCGGGAAGAGCCAUAAUCCAAAACAGAGAGAACAAAAAACAAACAUCAGAUUCAUUCGAGAGGACUUGCAGCCGUUGCCAGACUGUUUACCGUGUAAAUAUUAGAAAGAAAUAUGUGAAAGAAGAAGAAUGUGUUCACCAUUGGGGCCGUGUUUGGAAGAAGAGAAUUGCAGGUAGUAUAGAGAGCAGAUACUCCUGUUGUCAAGGUGAUACUCAGUCAGAAGGCUGUUGUGUGGCUGCUGGACAUGUUCAUGAAGGUUAUGAUGAAGAUGUAUUGAAAGGAUUUGUGAAGACACUUCCCAAAACACCUCCCAUUAAUGGAGACUAUAAAGUCUAUUCUUUAGACUGUGAAAUGUGUUACACAACAGCAGGUAUAGAACUUACAAGAAUAACGGUGAUUGGUCCAACACUCCAGCCUGUUUAUGAAGCUUUAGUGAAGCCAGAAAAUCCUAUUUUGGACUAUAACACAAGAUUUAGUGGUAUUACAGAAAAGGACAUGGAAGGGGUUACAACAAGAUUGCGAGACGUUCAGGCAGUUCUGCUCAAUAUGUUUAGUGAUAAAACAAUUUUGAUUGGACAUAGCCUUGAAAGUGACCUAAAAGCACUCAAGAUUGUUCACAAUACUGUAGUGGAUACAUCUGUAGUUUUCCCACACAAGCGCGGCUUACCUUUCAAACGAGCCCUACGAACUCUCAUGGCCGAACAUCUUAAUAAAAUUAUACAGAAUGAUGGUAAAUUGUCACGUAACAUGAAAUGUUGUGUUAAACUUAAUAAUUAUAAGGAAUGAUGGUAAGUUCUCAAGUAACAUG